UGUGGAUAAAAAUAAGUUAAAAAUAGGGCUCCUCUGAUGCUUUGCUUUGGAAGAAAGGAAGAAAGACGGCAGUUUUAUCCACAGCCAGCAAAAGGCAUGGCACUCUCCGAAGCCUGCAACUGUUGAUGGUUAGAGUUGUGGGAAAAUGAAGAAGUUGAGAUGGGCAAUGGACGGUGGGUUUUGGGAAUUGGAUAUGUCGACGGCCACCACUCUCGAUGGAGUGGCCAGAGCUGUUCCAGAUGACCCUCUUCCUUUAGGGUUGUCUAGAGGCACCAGGCUUUCCAGACCCAUGCAGAUUGAUUUCUUCCAGCGCUUCAUGUCCAUGCCUUUUGUCCCCUCUUCCUCCAUUUCCACUCACGGCUUCUCCCUUCAACGCGUUUUCACCUUCCCCUUCACUGAGAAUUGGUUUGCCUCUGUGCUGGGUCAGUUCAAAUUUCAGAAGUUUGUGUCUUCUGUUAAAGAGGGUAGAUUGCUGCAACCCUCUGAAUCAUCCUGGCUGCAAGGCAUUGGAAGGCGUUUCUCAGAUAAAUCAUUGUAUGCCCUUGGUUUGUCCUCGGAGCUCCUGAUAACACCUGAUGAUACCCUUCUUGUUAGCUUAGAAGCAUAUGGUGAUAAGAAGGUUCCUCGAAAGAAAGCCGUCUUUCUUCACAAGUUUCCCAAUCACAAUUUAAUGGUGGAGGCAGUUUGGCCAGGCCUUUUUGUUGACAAAUUUGGUACUUAUUGGGAUGUGCCAUUGUCAAUGGCAAUUGAUCUAGCUUCUGUAGCUUCUGACUCUGGUGCUAGUUAUCAUUUGUCUGUGCACCAUAACACGGGGACACCCAAGCAGUUUGAUGGCAAUCAGACCCAUGAAGUACCUGCUACCCUGCUUCCGGGCUUGUGUGCCAAAGGUGCUUUUGCACUUAAGAAGAAUAUUGAUCUGUGGAGAAGUAAAGCGAAGAAGUUGAAGAUGGUGCAACCAUUUGACAUAUUCCUGUCUAAUCCUCACAUUUCAUUUUCAGGAAUUAUUGGUGCUGCGGGGACUGCUUGUCUCGGAGAUAAUUCAGUCAGGGUGCAAGUCGAAGAUGAAUCGCAUGGUUUUAAAGGUUUCAAGCUUCAUCUUCCUGGGGUAAAGUCUGCUCUUUUAGCAGAUAUAUUCGCAUCCGUGGCAUUUACAGCGCAGCAUGGAAAUUUUCAAAGGCCAUUCCUGGAUCUUACCCAAUUUUAUGCACGCUUGGAUUUUCCUUCUGGUUCAAAAUUUCUAGCAGGCACUACACGUCUGACCCAAGAUCUCUACAACUCUCAACAGCCAAGUCUGGAAGCAUUCCAGGCCAUUUGCCCUACUGCCACCCUUUCGCUUCAGCAACAGAUUGUUGGACCUUUCAGCUUCAGAAUUGAUUCAGGAGUUGCUGUCAAUUUGAGAAAUAGAGAGUGGCAUAUAGAUGUGGAUGAACCAGUAUUUGCCAUUGAAUAUGCAUUGCAAGUCCUCGGUUCAGCAAAAGCCAUUGCCUGGUAUUCCCCUAAGCAUGAGGAGUUCAUGGUAGAGCUUAGAUUUUUUGAGACAUAAAUCUUUUUCCCCUGUAUUAUCUUCUUUACAUGACUAUUUUAGGAAGAUCCAUCACUGCGAGAAAUGUCAAAAACUACUCUGCUUGGUAAACUGGCUUUAAACUCUUAAAGUUGUAAUUUGCUCGGGCAUUGCAGAAGUAAACACUCUUAGACUGCAA